AGUAAGCUUCCCACAUUCCACAUACAGGUACACCCAAGAGAAGAUUAUACUUGAAAUGGUCCGUCCUGGAAACCAGAAGAUGAGCUCCAGCAGUGGAUCAACCAGGAAUUGGAACUCGGGCUCGCUGGGCGAAUUAGAAUCUCAGGGAGACCGAGACUGCGUGGUCAUAGGAGAAGUUCCCAAGAGACCAAAGCGGCCAACUGUGUUGUCCUCGGGAGAGGAUACAGGGAAGAGUGCGACAUCAAAGUCCAGUGGGUGCGUCGAGGUCCAAGACCAGGAUGCAUUUACCAAGGUAAAAAAGAAGGUCUCCAAUACAGAUUUGUUCCCAGAGGCCGAAGCACAAAGCCUAAAUUCAAGGGAAGGUACCACUUCCGAGGAAUAUGCUCCCGACGAUAUGGAAUACAUUUCUAGUGAACUGGAUGAGGGGCAGGCCAGGUCCCAGCAAAGUCAACGAUCCACCGAUCACUCCAAGAGCUUUAGUCAGAUAUAUAGCGAAAUUUUCGAGGAGUCCAUAGAGCGUCAACAGAAAGCUGAACGGGCCUGUCGGGCCUACAACAUUAACAGGUCAAAACUGCGUGGGACUUGUGAGAGAUCCGGGUCGAGGACCUAUAGCAGCCAAGAAUCCAGUUACUCCAGUGAUCUAGGGAAGGUAUCUGAGGAAUACGGCCAUUCAAUUGAAGAUCUACAUUGUCAAGCAAUCUCCGAAGGCCAGCUUACACAUACUGUCUGCUGUCCAAAGAUGACCCCCUUCAAUACCAUAAGAAGUUCCUUCAAGAGAUUACCCCCCAUGAAAGAUGAUAUUGGCAGUUCCUUCAAGAGAUCGGGAUGCAGUGCUAGAAAGUUGGAAUAUAAUAAACGCGAUUCUGUAAAAUACCACAACGACAAGGAAUAUGAUGACGAAUAUUCUAGCUACUCGCAUGGACCCAGGUCAUCAUUGAGUUUACGAGAGUCUUCGGUUUGCAUCGAGAGCUCCGUUAAUUCAAAACCAAGGAUGUACCAACGCGAAAGCUCCAAUACGGAGCAGACUAAUGACCGCGAUUACCUAAGUGUCUCUGGAACUGGCAAUCCAACCUCUGUGGCUUCGUCGAGCCGAACACAAAGAGAUUAUCAUUCGCGCAGCAGCACACGCCAUAGUCAUCACCAUUAUCGUCGCCUGGGAAGUGUGCCCAAGACAUAUCAAGAUCGUGGAAAUAGUCCCAUUAAUAUCAAGACGAGGCGACAACCGAUCGAGUUCCGGAACGUUCAUACCGACAUGAACAUCGAGGAAGAGAGGGAUGGUUCCUUCCGCAAGUCGAAUGUCUCUGUUGGAGUGCAGUAUCCCACUGACGAUGAAGGACAGGACUCUGCUGAAGAAUUUCGCAGCAAUAUAUCCGACAUUUCAUACCCGAGAUCCGGUCGGAAAACCUUCUGCAAAGAAAAUUCUGUGUUAAGCUUUACGCAACUUGUGCGAAAUGUGUACAAUCAGGAUCGGGAGAUGACAGACAGGUCUGGAGAUGAGUUAAUCAAUCGUGAUCUUGGUGUGACUAGGGAGGACGAAUAUCCAAAUCAAAGACCCACUAAUCCCUUUUGUUCCAAAAUCGGCGAAGAAUUCACUGAUGUAUGUAGUGAAGGCACAACAAAUUAUCUGGAGGAGAAGCCUCAAGACAAAAAGACUGACUUUACUUACGAAUGUGAUCAAAAUGUGAAGCCAUCUGAAGGCACCAAUGAACUACAAGUCGACGAUGAAACUGUGCAGGAAUCAGAAGAUCCAACACUAAGCUCCGAAGAGGGGCCAGGUUUAUCAUCUACUCCCAUAGUUCCCAGUGAAAUGAGCGAUGAUGAGUCUAAACCAACCAUGGAUAGUCUGAAGAUCAAGUCCAAGAACGGCCUGAGUCUCAGGAUAUACAAUGCGGACGAGGCUCUGAUGGAUAUCCCGGAGGAUUUCCAGGGACCUGCGGUUAUUCUGGACGACGAUGCCGAUUUCUUGGACAUUACCUUGACCGAUGACGAGGAGCAUAUCCGGGCCAAGCUAAUGGCUGCUGCAUUGACAACCAGAACUAGUAAUCCAUCAAGCAGCGCCAAUAGUAGUCGCAAAUCCCGUCGGUCCAUCGAUUCCACGAGCAGUAUCUUGAGCUAUAAGCCCAGCGUCAUUUUCUCUCGCCGAUCGGAAGGAGGGAAUAGUACCCCGCGGACGGAUCGUGUAUCUCUCCUGGCCGAGCGAGUUUUGCGAGCCUGUGCUAAUCCCUACACCGAGACAGCCAAGUGGCAACCUUUGGGAACACCCAAGACCAAAUGGCAGCCCCUGGAGGAGAGGGAAUGUUCCAAACUGGCGGCCAGCAUCCUGGACGAUAGGGAGAACACACUGAACGGAGCCCUUCAGCUGCUUACCCAGGAUUUCAAUAGAAAACUGCAACGACAGCUCAAAGAGAUCGCAGAGAGUUUCAUUGAAUUGUAUUGCUGUAUAUAUUUUUUAUUCAAAUACAACUUGAAAUUUGUUUCUCUGCACGCUACGAAAAAUGAUUUUUCGGAUAUUGAAUUUUAA